AAAUAACUGAUUUCACUUGUAGCUACAGCUGGCUAGAUAGGUUAUUUCCCGCCACAUUCUCUUUGAGAACUGCACGCGGUUAUCGCAACACCCAAUUCAAGCGACAGAUGUGCCGGCGAAGAGAGCCAUUGAAACAUAUUUUAGAUUAUUUAUCUUCCAAUGGCUCUGGGCAGAGCCAUAGAGUAAGGUUUAAAAUGUUCAGUCUGGAAAAUUUUACAACUUCACCGGUAGGGGCUUACUGGAGACACACUGACACUGUAGGUAAACCUGCUAAAUUCAAGAUGGCGCAGCACACGGUGGAAGACGAUAACUAUUUUGUCAGAGAAAUUGAGAAAAAUGACGGAUCUAUCUUGAAGAUGAAGCAGUGCUUUAAAGGAGAUGUGGGAUGUGUGGUGUGGGAUGCUGCAAUCGUGCUUUCAAAAUAUUUAGAAACAAAACAGUUUUAUGAUCCUAAAACAGGUGUAAACAGAUGGUCUCACAAAAGCGUUUUGGAGUUAGGAUCAGGUACAGGAGUUGUCGGUCUAAUGGCAGCAACGUUGGGAGCUGAAGUCACCGUUACAGACUUGGAAGAUUUGCAGUCCUUACUCGAAGUGAACAUCCGCGACAACCAGGCACUCGUCAACAGUGGAUCCAUCACAGCCAAGGUACUAAAAUGGGGUGACAAUGUGUCAGAAUUCCUGCCACAUCCUCAUUUCAUCCUAAUGGCAGACUGCAUCUAUUAUGAACAGUCUGUGAAGCCUCUGGUGGAAACUUUGAAGCUCCUGGCUGGUCCGGACACCUGCAUCAUCUGUUGCUAUGAGCAACGCACCGUUGGCAUCAAUCCCGAAGUGGAGAAACGUUUUUUCGAGCUGCUGCUCAGAGACUUCCUGUGUGAAGAGGUCCCUUCGGAAAUGCAGGACCCAGAGUUCAACAGUCCAGAUAUCCGCAUCUUGCUUUUAAGGCUAGCAGCCUGAUCUGUGUGUGGAUGUGUGUGUGUUUGUGCGUGUGGGCCUGUGCGUGUGUGUGUGUGUGUGCAUUGCAGCUCAUGGAAGGAAUUUCAUUUACUGUAAGCGAUAUGUAGAAUCAGAUACGGGAAAAACCUGCAGACUUUCUCUGAACAUAUAUGAUCUCACCUCGGCCAGAAUGAGAUGUAGUGAGGUCACUCUACAGUUCUGUCUGCGCCGUGGGUUAUUUUUAUACCUCUAUAUACGGAGCUUCAACAUUUCGGAUUAUGCUGUACGAAAUACACGACAACAAACAAGUUCCAUAAUAAAAGAUCAAGAAGUACGUCAUGUAACAUGUUCAUUGAUUUCUGCUUGUGUAACUUGUUUUGCCUAAGUCACGGGAGGGAAGUUUUAUAGACUGGAAGCUGACAGUCGCUUCUGUGAGCGGCACACUGAGCACUUAGCUCAGAACGCGUGUGGAAAGUCCAGUGCUUACACACCAGUGAACAGCAUGGAGCAGUGAACAAUAAAUCGCCUCUCUUGAGCAAGGUCCCCUGCUCAAUCUAUUGUGCGUGAUAAGAGGAUUACUGAGCCACAGGGAUGGGAGCAGCUACCUGGCCUGGAGGAGGGGUCUUGGGGACGGGGAUGGUUCGGGCUCGUCUCCUGUGACCCGCGCUCAGGAUUAACGCCCGCUGCUGGCCGUAUGGCACAGACAGAUGGGCCCUGAACUCACAACAACACUCAGGUGUCAGCUGAAACGACCACAGAACAGCUGAUGAGGCACAACACAAGUCGUAGUAGGAGCAAGACCCGCAAGUUGUUUUUUGCAACACGUCCUUUGUGUGGUGUAGUGUGACCGAUAUGCCUGAUUGCUGAAGUCUGUACGUUUAAUGUUUUGGCACCAGGGGGCAAUAGUUGCUCACAAUAAAAAAUCCUGGGCUGAA